UGAAACAUAAGCGGCUAUACUUUUCCUCAUUUGGGUGGCUUUGCGGAAGAAAAACAUUUUGUAAACCUGCCUGUUGGCAGUCGCGAAGGUUUUGUGUUUAUAUCAAAUUUUUUUAACUCAAUACAAUUUGAUCGUCACUGUAAAUAUUCAAAGGAGUCUGAAUUAAAAUCAAACGGGAAAAGGCAGGGAUUAAAAGUGAAAAGGGGCGGGAUGAGAGAGGGAAACAGAGUGGAAGUUAUUGGUAGGUUGGGACAUAUAAGGAAUCUCGAAGACUAAAAAGCACUCUUCGAGCUCUUAAAGAUGAAGCCUAUUAAAAAGCAAGGCAGACGGUCACCUCCUUCCACACGAGCCAAGGUGGGGAAGAGGAGGGGGUUGGCUGAAGCAAGCCCAGAGGAAGAGAAGAGAGAUACAGAGGAAAAGCCCAAACUUUCACCCUCCUCUCCCAAGAGGCAGGUCUCCUCAAAUUCGGACUCCUCACAGGAGGAGCCAGUACGAACCAGCAAGACUCCAGAUAGGGAGCGGCACCGAGAGAGAAUACUGGAUAUAACAGGGGAUUGUGGGAAACCUGAGGAGCAUUCUGGGAACUUCAGGUCAGGUGGUGCACAGAGCGACAGCAACAGCAGCACAGCCAGUGCCAACAACAGCCCCAACCCCUCAUCCAGCCGUAAGACAGCCACCUUUAAGGCACGCGUGCCCAAGAAGAAGUAUACCUCUGAGCACUGUGCUGGAAACCAUGGCAACACCAGCACUCCCAGCACUCCCCCACAAAGCAACAGCAGCGCAGCUCAUAACGACGGCGGUGCUAGUCAGGGACCCGUGGGCACCACCACCACACCCGGGGACACGCGCAGCCCGAACAGCCAACCAGCUGAAGCCGCUGCCACCCACAGCAACCCGGUGGCAGACAGGCCGGGGGACGUUGGCAAAGGGAGGGACAAGGCCAGCACAUCCAGUCCCCAGCGCUGCUCCUCAACAGACACAGCCAGUGAGCACUCAGCCGAGCUGGAGGCCACAGCACAGCGCCCUGAGCCCCAGGUUGGCUCCCAGGGGUCACGUGUGCACCCCAGCCCACCGCCUUUGCAGGAAACCCUGCCACCUGGGCUGUCUGAAGCGCUCGCCAAGGGCUUGAAGAACCAGAGGGUUCUGGCCAGGGUAGGCACCAGAACAGGAGAAGGCUGGCUGCCUGACAGGGGUCACGAAGUCUCGGCCAUUUUCCAUGCUGGCGUCGUCCGAGAGGUCAGCAGGGAGCACGGAAGCGUGGAGGUGCAGUUGAACGGGGAGAAGAAUUUAUGUCGUUAUCCAUUUCGAGGGGGUACUGAAGAGGUGGACCUGAUCCUGGAUGCCCCACCUCCAGGGCAGGCCCCUGUGGCCAUCGGCACGCGCGUGUGUGUGCCCUUUGGAGGGGGCAGUGAAGACAGUGAGGGGGCAAGACAGAGGUUCCGAGAAGGCCUGGUCACUCGGGUGGACCCGCACCCUGUUGUGUCCUUCCCCUAUCGCAUCCAGCUCCGGGAAGACCCCGUGGAUGAUGAUAAGAGGGGAGUGGAGGAGGAUGGAAGGGACACCUCUGCUCAGGCAGUGUGGGUCUCACGGCAGAGCCUCCGCCUCCUGGUUCCACCGUGGGACCUGGAACUACCCCAGCAUACUGAGCGGGGGAAAGAAGGUGGAGUGAGGGCCAGAAAGAUGGAGUGGGAGGAGAGAGAGGAGAUAGACGUGGAACAGGAGCUGUGUCGUCUCAGCAUGGUGCAUGGAGUGGGUGGCCCUAUGUUAGUGACAGAGAUGUUACACCCUGGAGCUGCGGUGCCUUCAGUACCUCCCUUGUCCUCGUCUUCGGUCACAUCUCUUCUCAGCGUAGCGCCAGACCGAGACUGGGACCACAGCCGAGAGGAGCGAGAGAAAGAGACAGAGCUGCAAAGGCAGUUAGAGAAAGAGCGGGACAGGGAAAGGGUUGCUCUACAGACGCCAGCCCCCGAGGAGGAUAUGGAGGUCAUCCAUUUCAGCCUGGCCCCACUCAGGGACGGUGGCCUCACCUCAGCCUUGGGCGCCAAACCUCUGGGUGUGCCCUCCCAGCCACGGCCCAUUCUCUCCAAGCCUGCAGACUACCUCAGCUCUCAUCUGUCAGUGGUGAGAAGCAUCGGGCCACCGUUAGCCCCCCACUUGUCCCUCGUCCCUCACUCCAGUCCCUCUAUGCUGUUGGGCCUGGACACGGCUACAGGGCCGGCGGUCAUCUCUGCCACCCCGCACCUGCCUCCCAUGCCUCCCUCCUCCUCCUCCUCUUCCCGCAGCUCCCUGGAGAAGACUUCCAUCUCUGGCUCUCAUGCCACAUCUGGCAGCGGCGCAGGCACCUCCUCUUCUUCAGCAGUGUCUUCAUCAUCACGCUCCCGCACACCCCUCACAGCUGCCCAACAGAAGUACAAGAAGGGUGAUGUGGUGUGCACUCCCACAGGCAUCCGCAAGAAGUUCAACGGCAAGCAGUGGCGGCGGCUGUGCUCACGCGAGGGCUGCUCCAAAGAGUCGCAGCGUCGCGGCUACUGCUCACGCCACCUCUCCAUGCGGACCAAGGAGAUGGAGGCAGGCGGAGGUGUGGGCGUGGGCCGGGAGCGUGGCGGAGGCGGGGGUGGUAGCACAGGUACCCUGACACCCGAAUUGCGCCUGGUUCGGACCAGCAGCGAGUUUGACUGGGACGAGACGUCGCGGGACAGCAGCGAAGCCAGUAGCCGCGGCGGAGACUCGCGCCCGCGUCUGGUGCUCCCCUCACUGCUGCCACAGGAGCUGCCACGUGACCUUUCACGCUUUGACUUCGAUGAGUGCGAGGCUGCCAACAUGCUGGUGUCACUGAGCAGCUCACGCUCCGGUACACCCUCCUUUUCGCCUGUAUCCAACCAGUCACCAUUCUCUCCAGCCCCCUCCCCGUCAGCAUCGCCGCUCUUCGGCUUCCGGCCGGCCAACUUCAGCCCCAUCACGGCUCCCUCAUCACUCACCCCUCGCCGCCCACGCCACCUCAGUGGCACUAAAGUGGGCAACCCUGGCUCAGAGCGCGAACGGCACCUGUCUGGCAUCAUGCCCACCUUCCAGACCAACCUGACUUUCACUGUUCCCAUGAGUCCCAGCAAGCGCAAAUUGGAUGCUCCACCUCCCCCACUCCCUAAUGCUGUUGACUACAGCAAGUCUGACCCCCAGCUGGGUGAACUUGGACUAGGCCUCAACGCUGUGGCCUUCAGGGCGGUUUCCCCCCAAAGCCAGCCGACCACCCCCUCUUCGCUUUCCUUCCCUCGGCCGAGGAGUGCCACCAGUCGCCCCUUAUCCUCCACUGCAUCCACCCCUCCACCCAUGCUGGUAUCCCCCACACCACCCUCGCCCCUGCCCCAGGACCCUAGCCCACGUCGAGUUGUCCCUUUGCGUGACUCUCCCGUCAUUGUGCGCAACCCAGAUGUGCCACUGGCCAAAUUCAGUGACGGGCCUCUGGGCCGGAGGGUGAGCUCCCGCUCUAGAGAGCACAGCCAGCCGCCACACCUCUCUGCAGGCCUGCAGGCCCCUGUCCCUAUCAACCGGGCCACCACGAAUGGUGGCGUCCUCCGGAGCCCUGCUCCCACCUUGGUGCUGGUGACCUCGGCCCAGUCUCUGACCACUGUCGCCAUGGGACGGCCAUCCCACUCCAGCCCCAGCCCGGGCAGCAUUUCUGCCUCUGGUGCUUCCGCUGCUUUGACCCUGGGCUCUGGAGGGCGAGAGCGAGAGAGAAAGCCAGGGGAGCACAGGGAUUCUCUGGGAGGGAUGCUGCCACAGCCUGUUGCCUGCCACCCAUCACCCACGGCCCUCCUCCCCCUCAUCUUGCCCGCAGAGUCUCCGCAUCCUGCCCCCCGCAAGGACAUCAUCAUGGGACGGCCUGGCACUGUCUGGACCAAUGUGGAACCUCGAUCUGUGCCAGUGUUUCCCUGGCAUUCACUGGUUCCUUUUCUGGAGACCAGCCAAUCAAAUUCAAGCACCCAACCUGCUGAUAGUCAAACACUUGUGAACCAGAACAAAGAACCACGAUGUGGAGUAGCUCUUGUGACUGAUGGACGUGCUGGCCAAUCAGGGGCAGAGGGAAGGUCUCCAUCCCGACCGCCACCCUCUGUAGAGGAUCCUCCCGCAGAGAGGGAAGGAGGAGACAGUGAGACUGAGAGUGAUGCUGACGAUCUAUUUUACUCAGGUGGCACCCAUGACCCUGCCCCCUCCACUGGUACAGUGAAGAGACGGACCCAAUCGCUCAGUGCUCUACCCAAAGACGGGGACAAGAAGAGGGAGAAGGACCAUAUUCGCCGACCUAUGAAUGCGUUCAUGAUCUUCAGCAAGCGCCACCGUGCCCUUGUGCACCAGCGGCACCCCAAUCAGGACAACCGCACGGUCAGCAAAAUCCUGGGCGAGUGGUGGUACGCUCUGGGAGCCAAGGAGAAGCAGAAGUACCAUGACCUCGCCUUUCAGGUGAAGGAGGCUCACUUCCGGGCUCAUCCUGACUGGAAGUGGUGUAAUAAGGACAGGAGGAAGUCUCUCUCUGAGGGCCGGGGUGCUCCGGGGGCCAAGGACGCAAGAGAGCGAAGUGUUUCUGAAAGCACAGAGGCCCAGACAGUGUCUCAGGGGGUGGAGCACAAGGAAGCAGGCUCCACCUGGGCAUUGCCAGGGUCUGAGCGGCACGGAGAGCCAAUGGGAGGUCAGCUCCAACGUCCUCGAGCAUUUUCCCAGAGUGCAGUGCAUAUCAUGGAGAGGAGAGAACGAGAAAGGGAUCUGGAAAAGGAUGGAACUGAUUCGUUUCAGACAUGCCCUCCUCUCACACAGCGCAGGGCCAGUGAGGAAGUGACCAGUGAUGAAGAGCGAAUGGUCAUCUGUGAGGAAGAUGGAGAUGAUGAUGUCAUGGAUGAUUCUUUCCCAGAAGGCUCAAUAGACUUAAAGUGUAAAGAGAGAGUUACAGACAGUGAUGAAGAAAACAACCCCACAUAUGAAACCGACGGCAAGCCAGUGGUCCAGCCUAUCAUAUCAGCAAACAAGGAGACACAAGGCCAUGGAGAAGGUGCAGAGAGUAAGAGAAAAGAGGUGGAGGGUGAAGAACAAAAUGGAGAACCCAGACAAAGCAAAGGAGGAGGAGGAGGAGGGCAGGUCCCCUCUCACUCUCACCUGUCAUCUGUUAGUGGCCUAAAUGUGACUCCCUCAUCUGAGCCUGGAUUUUCACAUGUGCUGGGGGCUGGGCGCAUGGCCCCCACAGUAGUGACCAAUGUGGUUCGUCCUGUGGUCAGCACUCCCAUUCCCAUCGCUAGCAAGCCUGCAGAAGGUGGCUUGUCUCUUGGGGCACCACCCCCUGACAGCAAGCCCAAGCUCCUGAUUGGCACAGGAGGACCAGCAGGAGGUGGAGCCAUUGCAGGGGGUGGGUACUUUCCCUCCUCCUCCUCUCCCAAACCUGUUGGCCAAGGAGGCCUAGUCACAGGUUUAGUGCUUGGUGCACCGUUCCCAAACCAGCCCACUGUUCGACUCAUAACCCCACCCCAAGCCUUGCCAGGCCCUGCUGCUGGUAACGGAGCACCUAACAACGGUGUUGUGCCCGUUCCCCUUCUUCAGCCUCAGUUCCUGCCAGCCGCUUCACUUACUCCUCCUAGUGGUGGCAAACCAGUCACCCAGGUGCAGUACAUCCUUCCAACUCUGCCUGCCACAGCCAAUCCAAACAGCCCCUCCCCACAACAGAGCCAGCAGCCAACCAGCAUCCUUGCACUGCCUAGUGCCCCACCCACACAUGUAACCCUGUCCAAUGGAGUCCAUACUGGCGCUGGGCCAGGAAUAAGAUAUGCCUCAGUGCCAGCAGUUGGAGGGGUCAGCCCAGGAGGAAGAGUUCAAGCACAGUCUCCAGUCUUACAAAACAAGAUGUUGGUUUCCAUGGCAACAGUGAGAGCAGGAUCCACACCUCCACAGCCUAUUUCCCUUGUGGCCCCACCUCUUCCUGUACAAAACGGGACUCAACCAGGAAGUAAGAUUUUUCAGAUCGCACCCAUGCCCGUGGUCCAGACCAGUAUCCAGCCUGGGGGAACAGUGCAUCCUGGGGGUUCCUUUCCUGUCUCUAUGGCAACAGCAACUGUCAUGGCUUCAGGAAACACCCCACCUCAGACAGUGCUGUUGACUCCAUCUCCAACAAGGAUUACUUAUGUGCAGUCAGCCUCUGCUGUUGCUGCCCCUUUGCCAGUGGGCUCCACAUCCGCAGUCUCUUCUCCUCCACAGGCUCAGCCCCCUCCUGGACCAGCAUUUUUGCCAUCUCCCAUGGCAACUCUUGGCUUCACUGCCAUUGCCCCUACUGGUCAGGCAUUGGUGCAUCCACUCGUGGCAGGCCAGCCCCCCCUCUUGGCACCAGUUCCGCCCCCCAACUGUUCACCACAGCCCACUCAUCAGCUAGUGACCGCCAUUUACCCCGCCCCCGGUGUCACUGUGCCGACGGGAGUGGUUUCCAUGACGACUGUGCCUCAAAGCAUAGCCGGUUCCAUGUCGACUCCUACGUCGCCCUCAUCAGUGCACAUGAAGAUGACUGUGGCAUCCCCUGCACACUCGCCAUCUCAGACGCUUGCUGACACAGAGGCACAGUCCCAGGUUACAGUGAAGAUGGACAGCCCUGCAGGGCUCAAGGCUGACCCACAGAGAGAAGCAUCAAACGCUGCAGGUCAGGCUCCCUCUGGUGGUGUGGCAGAAGCGAUGCGGCCCGCUAGUCCAAAUGUGCACCUGCAUGCAGGAAUUGCAUCAGGAGCUGCCAGAAUGUCCCCGCUCCCUCUGAAAGUCAAAGGUCAAGUGGAGCACGCGCCCUCAGCCCCAGCAGGGGAGGAGAGAGAUGUUAGAAAGGAGACUAGGCCAGAGCGGGAGGGGAAGUGGGACAGCGCCUCCUCAUGGACAGAGAGAGCGGCAAGAGAGAGGGGAGUGGAGGGAGGCUCGAAAGGCCAGCUCACUGAGCAUGACUGCAAAGAGGAGCUCAGCAGGGAGGCUGGCCGGAGAGACCUGUCUGUUCUGGACCCACCUCCACCGCCGCCACAAAACGACACCCCUAUAAUCAAGAAGACCAAGUCCCGCCCCCCACCACUGAAGAGUACUGUGGAACCUGUGGAAAGGGUGUUGUCUGACACAUACUUGGAGGAGCGUCUGGCCGAGCUGCCCGAGUUUAAGCCAGAGGAUGUGCUGCCCUCUCCGAACCUGCAAAGCCUGACCACCUCUCCACGAGCUAUACUGGUCAGCUACCGGAAGAAGAGGAGGAACUCCACAGAUCUGGACUCUGUCGAUGACCCCAGUUCUCCAAGGAGAAAGAGCCGUCGCUUGUCAAGCUGCAGCUCUGAACCCAACACACCUAAGAGUGCUGCCAAGUGUGAGGGAGAGAUAUUCACUUUCGACAGAGCUGGAGAGACGGAGGACAUCCUGUCAGAGUUGGACCGCGCGCCCUACUCAUCUUUGCGUCGCACGCUGGACCAGCGCCGGGCUCUUGUAAUGCAGCUGUUCCAGGAGCAUGGCUCCUUCUUCCCCUCAGCUCAGGCCACCGCUGCCUUCCAGGCCCGCUACUCGGACACCUUCCCCACCAAGUUGUGUCUGCAGCUGAAGAUUCGUGAGGUGAGGCAGAAGAUCAUGCAGACAGCGACGCCUGGUAGUUUGGAGGGUGGUGGAGGAGGGGCUACUGGUGGAUCAGACUCUGCCACUGCCCCUGGACCAUCCAAUCCUGUGGCCAGAGAGGAAGGAGGGGCAGAGUCGCACAACAAGGGCAGAGGCUGGGAAGGCUCAAAGGGCGGCUUGGGUGACUUGCAGGAGCAGAGAUGAAGAACGACAGAGAAAUCAGAAGGAACGGUGACAGAACAUAGGAAAGGGUAGUGAAUGAGUGUAAGCAACUUCACUGACAUUAUACAGCACAUUUUGUUCCAUUUCUAAUCAACCGUGUGGAUUUCUCUUCUGUUUGGUUCACUUUGUUAUUUUCCUAUUGUUGGACAUAAUCUCUCUGAGGCAGUUCCACACACUCACCAAAAUACACAUAUAUUUUAUGCAAGUAUACACAAAGAUAACCUUCACACACUUUCACAACUGGCACAAGAACCUUUUCCAUACAGUGUCUGGUGGAAGUCAUUUGUGUGUGCCACUCAAUGCCAGGCAGUGUCGGGGUUACCCACAGCGUGACUUCACUUCCUGUCUUGAGUUUCAGAGCCCUUCCAUGCUGCAGCCCAGGCAGCACUAGACUGGCCUGUCUGCACAGUGUUUCCUUGCCUGGCAUAGAAAUGAGACUGUUCUAGGAAAAAUGGCUGGAGGAUUUGCGCUUGCACUUUGAUUUGAGAAAGACUGA